AUGCCGGUCGUAAGCCCGGAAAAGCUGGCGCGGCUCCAGCUACAUGCUGACAAUGUUCGGAAUAUCUGUAUUCUGGCACAUGUGGACCAUGGCAAAACGUCAUUAACAGAUGCCUUGUUGGCGACAAAUGGUAUCAUCUCACCAAAGCUUGCCGGCAAGAUUCGGUAUAUGGAUUCUCGUCCUGAUGAACAGGCCAGGGGCAUCACCAUGGAAUCAUCAGCAAUAUCAUUACUUUUCUCCAUGCUGCGGAGAUCGAGUCCAGAUGCAGCCCCUUUGGCCGCAGACUAUCUCAUCAACCUUAUUGAUUCUCCUGGCCAUAUCGAUUUCAGCAGUGAGGUGUCAACUGCCUCGCGCCUAUGCGACGGUGCUGUGGUCUUGGUUGAUGCCGUAGAGGGUGUUUGUAGCCAAACGGUCACAGUUCUUCGCCAAACAUGGACCGAAAAGCUCAAGCCGCUGCUCGUCAUCAACAAGAUCGAUCGCCUGGUCACCGAACUCAAAAUGUCACCAUCAGAAGCCAACGUUCACCUUUCCAAGAUUCUGGAGCAGGUCAACGCUGUUCUUGGUAGUUUUUUUCAGGGCGAAAGGAUGGAGGAGGACCUUAACUGGCGAGAGAGGAUCGAGGAGCGCGUUGCCGCUGCCGCUGCCCGGGAAGCACAGGCAGCCGGUCAGCAAGAUGACGAGGCAGGCGAGCUGAACUUCCAAGAAAAGGAUGAUGAGGAUCUUUACUUUGCACCUGAGAAAAACAACGUCAUUUUUGCCAGCGCGAUUGAUGGUUGGGCAUUUACCGUCCGUCAGUUCGCCGGCCUAUACGAGAAGAAACUCGGCAUAAAACGCAGCCUCAUGGAAAAGGUCCUCUGGGGAAAUUUCUACUUGGACCCCAAAACCAAGAAAGUACUCGGGCCCAAGCAUUUGAAAGGGCGAGCACUGAAGCCCAUGUUUGUGCAACUAGUACUCGAGCCCAUCUGGACUGUAUACGCCGCUACGAUGGGAAAGGAGUACAACGGCCAUAGUGAUGCAGCCCUGUUGGAGAAGAUCACUAAGUCACUCAACAUCAAUGUCCCCGCGCACAUCCUCCGGGCAAGGGAUCCUCGGUUGCUGCUAACAACUGUUUUUGCCUCUUGGCUCCCGCUAUCUGUGGCUCUCCUAGUGUCGGUCGUCGAAUCACUUCCAUCACCAAAGGCCGCACAAGCAGAGCGUUUGCCUGAGCUCUUGCGAUCAUGCCCAGGACCGGGUUGUAUUGAUUCCAAGAUCCAAGACGCAAUGGUGCAGUUCAAGUCAUCUGUGGAUGAUCCAGUUGUAGCCUAUGUCAGCAAGAUGGUGUCAAUCCCAGCCAGUGAUCUACCCGAGAACAAACGCCGGAAUGGUCCUCUCAGCCCCGAAGAGGCACGGGAACUAGCUAGGAAAAAGCGUGCCGAGGCCGCAAAAGCCCAGGCUGGUGCCAACAACGGUAUCGAUGACCUUACUUCUGCCAUCGGUUCUGCGAGCCUGGAUGACGACCCAGUUACUCCUGCUGAGCCCGAGGCAGAAUCCGAACCAGAGCAUCUAAUUGGCUUUGCCCGUAUAUAUUCAGGGAGCUUGUCGGUGGGGGAUAGCAUCUAUGUUCUUCCACCAAAGUUUUCUCCGGCCACGCCCAACGCCGAUCCCAAGCCGCGGAAGGUCACCGUCGAGGCUCUUUACAUGCUCAUGGGCCGCAGUCUGGAGAGCCUUACCACUGUACCUGCUGGCGUCGUGUUCGGUAUCAAGGGUCUUGAGGGUUCAGGCAUUCUCAAAUCUGGAACUCUCUGUAGCCAACUAGAAGGGGCCGUCAACCUGGCAGGUGUUGGUAGCGCGGUCGGUCGACCAAUAGUCCGGGUCGCCCUUGAGCCUGAGAACCCUGCAGAUCUUGACAAGAUGAUUGCAGGUCUGAAGCUCUUGGUGCAAAGUGACCCAUGUGCCGAGUAUGAGCAGUUUGCGAGUGGAGAGCACGUCCUCCUGACUGCCGGUGAGCUGCACCUCGAACGAUGCCUCACUGACCUCCGCGAACGCUUCGCCCGAUGUGAGAUCCAGGCCGGUGCGCCCAUUGUGCCCUACCGUGAAACCAUUGUCAAGGCCGAGGAGAUGCGGCCACCAGCCAACAAGGAACUUGGACGAGGCUCGGUCGUUGCAGUCAGCAGCUCCAAGCAGGCUACGAUCAAACUGAAGGUCAGCCCACUGCCAAAGGAUGUUACCGAUUUCCUGCUCAAGCAGACUGCUGCCAUCAAGCAACUAUCCUCUGACCCUGCAGGUAAUAACGAUGCUGCAUCUGAGCCCGGGGACAAGGUAGAGGAAUCCCAGGCAGACGAAGCCUUCGCGGGUAUUGAGGAGGCAAAGACGCUGAGCCCGGAAGAGCUUAAAUCACAGCUCAAGGAGAAGCUGGAAUCCGGCAAGGGACGUGAGGCCUGGAAAUCAGCUGCAGAGCGCAUCGUAUCUUUCGGGCCACGGAGGACUGGACCGAAUAUUCUUGUGGACGGCACUGCUAGCGGCAUAUUACCAAGGAUCUUUGGAGAUGAAGCAAACAAGGCCGAUGCCCCGUCUGCGGAUGAGCGUCUCAAGGCAAGCCACUUUGCUGACAAGAUCGCGUACGGCUUCCAGCUGGCCAUGGCCCAAGGCCCCCUAUGCCACGAGCCAGUCCAGGGGGUGGCCGUCGUUAUCGAAGACGUCGAGCUUGCCGAAACCGCACAUGAUUCAUCAGCUCGUGACGCCAUAGGUCGUCUCACUGGCGAGGUCAUCAAGGCGGUGCAGCAAGGCAUACACAAGGGUUUCCUAGACUGGUCACCUCGUUUGAUGCUGGCCAUGUACUCCUGCGAGAUACAAGCAAGCACCGAGGUCCUAGGUCGCGUCUACGACGUCCUGACCCGCCGACGCGGAAACGUCCUCUCCGAGGCGAUGAAGGAGGGCACGCCCUUUUUCACCAUCCAGUCCCUCCUCCCCGUCGCCGAAUCUUUUGGCUUCGCAGAUGAGAUGCGCAAGCGCACGUCGGGCGCCGCCCAGCCACAGCUCAUCUUCACGGGCUUCGAGAUCCUCGACGAGGAUCCCUUCUGGGUGCCCUUUACCGAGGACGACCUCGAGGACCUCGGCGAGUAUGGCGACCGCGAGAACGUGGCCAAGAGGUACAUGGACGGCGUCAGGAGGCGCAAGGGUCUGCUUGUGGAGGGUAGGAAUGUUGCGAGGGAUGCCGAGAAACAGAAGAAUAUGAAGAGGUAG